AUGAGCGCCGAGCACACUGACAACACGAUGACGGGCGGCGAUGCUUCCCUGGACAAGGGCAAGGGCAAGGCCGCCGAGCCGACCCGCGAGGACGUCAGCAUGGGUGAGGAGGACAGCUCCGACGAAGAGUCUGGCGCCGAAGAGCCGGCCCCCGAACCUGAGGAGGUCGAUGAGGACAACAUGGAGGAGAUCGAUCCCGACAACAUCAUCCAGGAUGGCAGGCGCACGCGUGGCAAGACGAUCGACUUUACCAAAGCCAACGAAGAGGUUGGUCAGGAGGACUAUGAUGAGGAUGACGACGAGGACUUUGAGGACCCCGACGAGUCCAUGGAGCACUAG